AUGAGCUGUGCUAUGAAGUCCACUGUGCCAGAGGCAGGAAAGUCUAGCCAGAGUCUUUGCGGCUAUGCCAGUCAUCUCUAUGACACCACGUUACAAGAGCAAAUUAUCAAGCAGCAAUCUGGAGGGGAGCCGUCACCACAGAGAAGACAGUUGAAAUACAACGCUAGAAGCGGAGUAUUUUUGACAAUUUUUGAGGUGUUUGGAGAGAUCAAGCUAUACGAAGUUGUGGAAACUUCAACCAAAGUCUUCCUUAUCCUGCAAUUAGCUACUAAAGGAGACUUGCUAGAAUACAUAAAUAGCAGAUCCAUGCUGAGCGAGGACGAGGUGCGCAUGUUGUUUUGUCAGCUAGCCGCUGCCAUGACUUAUUGCCAUAAAGAGCACGUGGUACAUAGGGACCUAAAAUGUGAGAACAUCCUCAUUGGUGGAGAUGACAAGUUGAAAGUCACAGGUAAUUCACCGGAGAGACAUGGAAUCAUUAAAUUGUUUUUCCUAAUCACAUCUUUUUCUUCAAUUAUAGACUUCGGGUUCGCCGUCAGCACUAUUAAGAAUCGCCUAUUAGAAACCUUCUGCGGCUCGUACGCUUACUGUUGUCCCCAGAUCCUUCGAGGAGAGCCAUACGACGGCAAGAAAGCGGACGUGUGGAGCAUGGGUGUAGUUCUGUACGCGAUGGGGUGCGCAAGGCUUCCAUUUAGUGAAAAAGAUAUGCGAGCGUUAACUAACGAAGACUUUACAAACAAGAUCAAAUUCUCAAAAAGAGUCAGUAAAGGUAUAUUACUAAAUGUUUGAAUGUCACGAUUGAUAGAUAAAGCAGUGUUUUCUUAACGUUUUUCAGUAAAAUGUUUCGAAGGCUAUCCCUGUCGCCUUCCUUUCCUUUACCAGAAAUAGAUCUUAUUCACGAUGGCUGCAUUGUUUGUUUCAUAUUGCAGUGUAAAUUUGAGGGGGCAAAAAGUUAAAAUCGGCAAAUUUGAACUCGCUUUCUGUUGUUUCUGAUACAUUUUGGUCCAACAAAAUAUUUAUUUUCAUGUUAGUUUAGUG